AUGUUAAUUUUUAAAAAGGUCAAUUCGAAGGUGUUAAGCAUAAACAACUAUUUGCAGAAAUAUUUAGAGUCCAACCAGUUCGAAAAAAACCUUAAAGAAGCGCUAAACAACAAAAAUUAUGGCGUGUCGAAUAGCCUUCUGUAUGACCUGUCGAUCUCAACGUACGAUGCGAAUUACUACAAGAGGGUCCUCAGUGAGGUUUUCAAGGCCAUCCAGGAGAAGCCGUCAAAAUGGAGGAGAAUAUACAAGGGCCUACGACUGUGCGAGUACGUGAUGAAGAACGGGUGCGAGUACUUCAUCAGCGACGUGAAGGACAAAGAGGAGCUCAUUAAAAAGCUCACGCACUUUACCCACUUGGAGGAUCUAAAAGACAAGGGAGUAGGCAUAAGAGAAAUUUCGAACAACAUUUUAACCUUGUUAAGAGACAACAAACAUUUGAAGAAUGAAAGGAUGGAAGCUGCGAAAUAUGCAAAUAUCUGCACCAACAUAGAAUCCAAACCGAUUGAAAAAAAAGGAUUUUUUUCAAGUCGCAAGAAGAAAACAAAAAAUAAAGGGAAAAAAAUCCUGGAGAGUAACAAAAGAAAUUAUAUGGACUCUAGAACUACAAGAAACCCACAGGAAAAAAGCAUCUUCGAUCAGAUAGAGGAAGAGAGAAAUAUGCUCAACAAAUAUGCGAGCAGUAAUUACGGCCUGAAUGAUGUCGUGCAGAGGUCGGAUGACCGAAGGAGGUCCAGUGGAAAUAACUCCGCCAGUGCGUCCUCAUCGGACUCGGAUUCGUCCGAGGAUAGCAGUGGGAGCAGCGGGAGCAGUAGCAGCAGUGGACGUGGCAGCCGGCGUGGCAGCGAUGGGAGUAAAAGCCGCAGCAGUGGCUACCUAUCAGGGCAUAAAUCAAACAGACGGAAAUCAGGCAGAGGAAGAAAGCACAGAAAUGCCUCUGCACAGUCUUCAAAAUAUUCACGUUCUUCUUCAGCAUCUCAUUAUGGUUCGAGAUCUUCAUAUGCUUCUCGUUCCAAGUCAGUGUCUCGUUCAUCAUCGCGUGUCUCAUCACGGAGUUCCUCGCGCAACUCGUCCGCCUCGUCCUCUGCCUCCAGAUCGUCGUCGCGUUCGUCCCGCUACUCAUCCGCGUCCAGUCAGUCCAGUUACGCUUCCAAGAAGAAAUCCCACGCGCGAGAUAGGAACCGGAAGAGCAGGGGCUCCAGGAGGAACAAGUCGGGGCGCUCCAGAUGA